AUGGGCCCGAAGAAGGGAAAAGCGCCUGCUAGGGAUGAAUCUCCAUACUGUACACCUGGCCCGUCCUCUCCUGCGAUAAUACGACCACCACCACAAGAUACUGAGUCAGAGGAGGAGGAUCGCAUGGAAUAUGUAUCAAGGGACCAGUUCAGGGAUUUCCAAACGCAACUGCAGAGUCAAAUGCAAACUCAAAUGCAGCAAAUAAUGGAGCUAAUUCAACGCAGUCAAUCGCCCCUUUCAAGUACGCCUACUCCAAAUCCGAAGCCCACGUCAACAGAUCUACCGUCACCACGCGAGGAUGACGCCGGCCGCGCGAGUAUAAUACAGGCAGUCAGCACCAUGCGGAAGGAUGUUGGUCGAAAGCUUCAAUAUAAACUACGAUCUUUAAAGAUUUCCAAUUUCGCUGAUUGGAAAGAGGAUCUACUUAAAGACGCCCGUAUUAUAAACGCGGAGUCGAUUUUAAUCAACAAGGAGCUUAAUCCACCAGACAGUGACGAGCUCAAUUCAGCAAUUUAG